AUGAAAGAUUUGAUAGAACACACUGAUAGAAUACAGACUGUCACAACAAUGACGAAAGUAUACGGCACCGGCGCUUACGAUUUCAAGCGCCAUCAUGUCGCCGAGUACCCAGUCGACCUCUCCGCAACCCGACCCGAGACCAAAUCGGCUGAUUCGAAACCCGGUUCAACAACUCUCUCAAGCUCAAUCACUCUCUCCGAGAUCCAACGCGACAGAUUGACUAAGAUUGCUGCCGCAAACUGGCUCAAAACAACCACUUCUACUGCCGCGGAUGGCGGAGACGUGGUGGCAGAAGGGGAGGAGAAGAUGGGAUUUGAUGAGGCACUGGUGAAGAAGAUAUAUGAGACGGAGUUGAAAGUGAAAGAAGGGAGAAAGACAGUGCCUCUGCAGAGAGUGAUGAUUUUGGAAGUUAGUCAGUAUUUGGAGAAUUAUUUGUGGCCCAAUUUUGAUCCCGAAACGGCAACGUUUGAACAUGUUAUGUCUAUGAUCCUUAUGGUUAAUGAGAAGUUUCGAGAGAAUGUGGCAGCUUGGUCAUGCUUUUAUGAUCGGAAGGAUGUCUUCAAGAGAUUUCUUGAUAGGGUUCUUCACCUGAAAGAGGGGAGAGAGUUAAGUAUAGCAGAGAAGACAAAUUACCUAGUUUUCAUGAUUAAUGCCUUUCAGAGUUUGGAAGAUGAAAUGGUGCGUCAGAAGGUCCUCAGAUUAGCAAGUUUUGAAUCAUGGCACAGUUUGUCAUAUGGCCGCUUUCAGAUGGAGCUUUGUCUUAAUAAUAAAUUGAUUAAGAAAUGGAAAAAGACAAUAAGAAAAGAGGCUGAGGAGGCGACUAAACGAGGAGAACCUUUCAACCCUUCAGCCUCACUCGAAGUGAGGUUUUUGAGGAAUUUCAUGGAAGAGUUUCUUGAUGUGCUUGAUUUCAGAGUUUUUCCCCAGAAUAGCUCUGGCAAUGAAGAUGAAAUUGAUGAUGCUGCAGUCUUGUAUUGUGAGAGGUUUAUGGAGUUUCUUAUUGAUCUGUUGAGUCAACUGCCAACAAGGAGGUACCUGAGGCCUCUUGUGGCUGAUGUAGCUGUUGUUGCAAAAUGUCAUUUAAGUGCUCUUUACAGACAUGAAAAAGGGAAACUCUUUGCUCAACUGGUUGAUUUGCUGCAGUUCUACGAGCGGUUUGAGAUUAAUGAUUACUAUGGCACACAAUUAACAGAUGAUGAAGUGCUUCGAUCUCAUUAUGAGCGCUUCCAAGCCUUCCAGCUCCUUGCCUUUAAGAAAAUCCCCAAGCUGCGAGAACUUGCUUUGUCUAAUAUCGGUUCAAUUCACAAGCGGGCUGAUCUCUCCAGGAAAUUGUCUGUGCUCUCUCCCAAAGAGUUGAAGGAUGUGGUUUGCUGUAAGCUCAAAUUGGUCUCUGAGGAAGAUCCCUGGUCUGAUAGAGUUGAUUUUCUUAUUGAAGUCAUGGUCUCCUUCUUUGAGAGACAGCAGUCUCAAAAGGAAUCAAUAAAUGCUCUUCCGCUUUAUCCAAAUGAACAGAUUAUGUGGGAUGAGAGUGUUGUGCCUAGCAUUAACUAUUCUGGAGAAGGUUGUCUGGCACUUCCUAAACUUAAUUUGCAAUUUUUAACACUUCAUGAUUACCUUUUAAGAAAUUUUAAUCUCUUUCGGCUUGAGUCAACAUAUGAGAUUCGCGAGGAUAUUCAGGAAGCUAUACCGCAUCUCCUUCCAUACAUUAAUAAUGAGGGAGAAACUGCUUUUCGUGGUUGGUCAAGAAUGGCUGUGCCGAUAAAAGAAUUUAAGAUCAAUGAGGUCAAACAGCCAAAUAUUGGUGAAGUCAAGCCAUCGUCUGUGACAGCACAAAUUACUUUUAGCAUUUCCAGUUAUAAAGCUCAAAUAAGAUCUGAAUGGAAUGCUUUGAAGGAGCAUGAUGUUUUAUUCUUACUUUCUGUCCGCCCUUCAUUUGAGCCUCUAAGUGCUGAGGAAGCUGAGAAGGCCAGUGUUCCGGAGAGGCUUGGCCUCCAAUAUGUGCGGGGAUGUGAAAUUAUUGAGAUUCGUGAUGAGGAGGGAACACUCAUGAAUGAUUUCACUGGAAGAAUUAAACGGGAUGAGUGGAAACCACCAAAAGGUGAACUUAGAACUGUGACUGUUGCUUUAGACACUGCCCAGUACCACAUGGAUGUCACUGAUAUUGCAGAGAAAGGCGCAGAAGACAUUUAUGGGACAUUUAAUGUACUGAUGAGGAGGAAACCUAAGGAAAAUAACUUCAAAGCAAUCUUAGAAUCUAUAAGAGAUCUUAUGAAUGAAUACUGUAUUGUUCCUGACUGGUUGCACAACAUUUUUCUGGGCUAUGGGGAUCCUUCUGCAGCCCAAUGGACCAAAAUGCCUGAUCAUCUCCAGAAAGUAGAUUUCAAAGAUACUUUCCUGGAUGCAGAUCAUUUAAAGGAGUGUUUUCCAGAUCACCAGGUUUGUUUUGUAAAUUCAGAUGGUACAGAUCACUUGAAUCCAAGACCUCCUUUUCGAAUUAGGCUUCCCAAAAAAUUGAAGGGCGACACUUGUGCAAUUCCUGGGAAUGGAAAAUCUACCAUUGGUUCAAAAAAUGACGUCAGUAUGGUGGAUUCGUAUAGUGGAAAAGAAGAACUUAUUGUUGAGGCAUACAUUCCUCCGGAUCCUGGACCUUAUCCCCAAGAUCAACCAAACCAGAAUUCAGUCAGAUUUACACCUACACAGAUUGGAGCAAUCAUGUCCGGUAUCCAGCCAGGACUGACUAUGGUUGUGGGGCCUCCUGGUACUGGAAAAACUGAUACAGCUGUACAAAUUUUGAAUGUUCUAUAUCAUAACUGUCCUUCUCAGAGAACAUUAAUAAUCACCCAUUCCAACCAGGCCUUGAAUGACCUUUUUGAGAAGAUAAUGCAGAGAGAUGUGCCCGCACGGUAUCUUCUUCGACUUGGUCAAGGGGAACAAGAACUAGCUACUGAUCUUGACUUCAGUAGGCAAGGUCGUGUCAAUGCAAUGCUUGUGCGACGAUUGGAAUUACUUAGUGAAGUGGAGAGGCUAGCAAGAUCUCUCCAACUUCCUGAGGAUGUAGGUUAUACUUGUGAAACUGCUGGUUACUUUUGGUUACUGCAUGUAUAUUCACGUUGGGAACUAUUCCUUGCCGCUUGUGCGGAUAAUGAAGAUAAACCAACAUUCAUCCAGGACCGUUUCCCCUUUAAAGAGUUCUUCUCCAACACCCCUCAGCCAGUUUUUACAGGUCAAUCAUUUGAGAAAGACAUGCGGGCAGCAAAAGGAUGCUUUCGUCAUCUUAAGACCAUGUUCCAAGAACUAGAAGAGUGUAGGGCUUUUGAAUUGCUCAAAUCAACAGCUGAUCGGGCAAAUUACCUUAUGACCAAACAGGCAAAGAUAGUGGCAAUGACCUGCACUCAUGCAGCUUUGAAGAGAAAGGACUUUCUCCAGUUGGGUUUCAAGUAUGACAACUUGUUGAUGGAAGAAAGUGCCCAAAUAUUAGAGAUUGAAACUUUCAUCCCAAUGUUGCUUCAGAGACAGGAGGAUGGUCAUGCACGUCUUAAACGCUGCAUAUUGAUCGGUGAUCAUCACCAGUUGCCUCCUGUUGUGAAAAACAUGGCUUUUCAGAAAUAUAGCCACAUGGAUCAGAGCUUGUUUACAAGGUUUGUUCGUCUGGGUAUUCCUUAUAUUGAGCUCAAUGCACAGGGUAGAGCCAGGCCAAGUAUAGCCAAACUUUACAAUUGGAGAUACAGAGAUUUGGGAGACCUUCCUUACGUGAAGGAGGAGGCCAUCUUCCAUAAAGCAAAUUCUGGAUUCUCCUAUGAAUACCAGUUAGUGGAUGUGCCUGAUUACCAUGGGAGAGGCGAGACUGCUCCUUCUCCAUGGUUCUAUCAGAAUGAGGGAGAGGCUGAAUAUAUUGUUAGUGUUUAUAUCUACAUGCGUUUGCUAGGAUAUCCUGCAAACAAGAUCUCCAUCUUGACAACUUACAAUGGCCAAAAACUCCUGAUUCGUGAUGUUAUUAACAGAAGAUGUGUUCCUUAUGACUUCAUUGGCCCACCCAGCAAGGUUGCAACUGUUGAUAAGUUUCAAGGACAGCAAAAUGAUUUUAUUUUGCUCUCUCUAGUGCGUUCCCGCUUUGUGGGUCACCUUCGUGAUGUUAGAAGAUUGGUCGUUGCCAUGUCCCGUGCUCGACUUGGGCUUUUUGUAUUUUGCCGCAGAUCUCUGUUCGAACAAUGUUAUGAACUGCAACCUACAUUUCAACUUCUGCUUCAGAGACCCGAUCGCCUUGCACUGAAUUUUAGUGAAGUUUCGACAUAUACAGAGCGCCACGUCGAAGACAUUGGACAUCCUUAUUUUGUUAGCGGUGUUGAGGAGAUGGGCCAAAUUGUAAUGGAUAAAAUGAAUCAAUUGUAUCAGGCACGUUUGAUGAGCUAUCAGCAUGAGCAGUAUAUGGCUUACUCAUCGGAUGGACCUGCUUCUGCAAAUGGUGCAGUUGAUGAUACACUGGAUGGAAACCAGUCUGAGGAACCUAGAGAGAUGGAUAGCGUUACAAAUGGUGAAGAUGGUGAUCUGCCAUCUGAGAAGCAAUUAAAUUGCCCAAAUGAUGAAAAUGGUGUGCCACCAGAAAGAGUUACAAACAGGGAAACAAGCAUGGAGGAUCUGCCAUCUGAGAACCAAUUAGAUGGGGAAAAGGAGAGUGAAGCUUGCCCAAACGAUGAAAAUGGUGUGCCACCGGAAAGAGUUACAAACAGCGAAACAAGCAUGGAGGAUCUGCCACCUGAGAACCAAUUAGAUGGGGAAAAGGAGAGUGAAGCUUGCCCAAAUGAUGAAAAUCGUGUACCCCCAGAAACAAACAGUGAAACAAGCAUGGAGGAGCCGCCUAAUCUAUAA